AUGUCUAGAUGUAUCUUGGUAAUUUGGAGGACUGAUUUGGCCUACUUUUUUUUGUUGGAAAGGUCUUCUCAAUGUGUUGUUGGGGAGCUGAAGAUUCUAAACAAAGGUUUAUGGGUGGUAUCUAUUGUUUAUGGUAAAAAGGACUUGUAUGGAAGAAGAAAGUUGUGGGAUUGUUUGGAGCUGCACUCGAGGUUGGAGGUGCCUUCUGUGGUAAGGGGAGAUUUUAAUUGCAUGCUGCCUAAAGAUGAUAAAAAGGGUGGUAAGAAGUUCUCUUUUUCCCAAGGGCUUCUUGAGAUGAAAGCUUUUAUGAAUAAUAAUGAUCUUCAUGAUGUUGGGAUUCUUGGACCAAAGUAUACUUGGUGCAAUAAUAAAAAUGGUAACGCUCGUAUUCUUGAAAGACUUGAUAGAUGUUUAUUGAAUUACAAGGCAUUAGAAAUGGUUCAUCAAGCUUCGAUUAGGCACUUGGCUAGGGUUGCUUCUGACCAUUGCCCUAUUGUUUUGAAAAAUUUCAACCAAAGUUAUUGUAGCAACAGAUUUCUUAGAUUUGAAGAUGUAUGGUUAUCUUAUCUAGCUGUAGCUACGGUGGUGAGUAAAUCAUGGAAUAAACUGGCUUGUGGUGAUGUUAUGGAAUUCUUUAAUAAAAAAUUUUUCAGGGUUAUGAAAUCCUUGCAUUUUUUGAGCAAAUCUAAACAUAAGAAUUUGGUUGAUCUGAAAGAAAAGCUUAAGAGGGAAAUUGAAGAACAUUAG